UUUCAUGAUCGCAAACAGUCGGCAAGCGAGAAGGCAAACAGCUGAUCCUGUUUCUACGGUGCCGCUCCUAGGAGCACAUGUCCGCGAAAUAAUUACGCACGAUAUCGCAACUCUCUCGUGUCAGACUAGGCGUGCAAGCGACGGUGCGGAAUCAAGGUACGUAAUCGUGCCGAAGAAACGCCGGCGACAGCGCCCGUAUCCGUGUUCGCGUGCGAUGAGUAGCCGGCGAUAACCGGCGGAUCUAUCGCCCACCCCCGUCGCCGUCGUCGUCGCUGUUACCGUCGUCGCCCUUGCCGCGGGAAAACAUGGCCGACCGCGAUAGCGCGUCCGAGAGUGACUCAAGCUCGAUCGACGGUGGACCUAUCAUCAUGAUGCCGCCGUCGCCGGUAACGCGCGAGCAGCUGCAGAAGCGCAUCGAGUCGCUGCAGCAGCACAACCGCGUGCUCAAGGUCGAGCUGGAGACGUACAAGUUGCGCGUCAAGGCCCUGCAAGAGGAGAAUCGCGGCCUGCGUCAAGCUUCUGUCAUAAUACAAGCUAAAGCUGAACAGGAAGAGGAGUUCAUAAGCAACACUUUGCUGAAGAAAAUCCAGGCCCUUAAGAAGGAAAAGGAAACUUUGGCUCAUCAUUAUGAACAAGAGGAGGAGUGUCUGACCAACGACCUCUCGAGGAAACUGAAUCAGCUGCGGCAAGAAAAGUGUAGACUGGAGCAGACAUUGGAGCAGGAGCAAGAGUGUUUGGUGAACAAAUUGAUGAGAAAGAUUGAGAAGCUGGAAGCAGAAACGUUGGCUAAGCAAAGCAAUCUGGAACAGUUGCGACGUGAGAAGGUAGAAUUGGAGAAUACAUUGGAGCAGGAGCAGGAAGCGUUAGUCAACAAACUGUGGAAGAGAAUGGAUAAGCUGGAGGCGGAAAAGAGGAUGCUGCAGAUAAAAUUGGACCAGCCGGUCUCAGAUCCAACAUCCCCCAGGGAGAUCAGCAAUGGCGACACUGCCACAAACCUGAGCACGCACAUUCAAACCCUGAGAAGCGAAGUUGCCAGAUUAAGGCACACUCUACUGAUCUCUCAGCAAGAACAUACUGAGAAAAUGCAGCGAUAUGUUAACGAGGAGAAGCAAAUACGCGAGGAGAAUCUGAGACUGCAGAGAAAGUUGCAGCUAGAAGUGGAGCGUCGAGAGGCCUUGUGCAGACAUCUGUCAGAGUCCGAAUCCAGACAACUUGAUGAUGAUUUUCGCAGCUUGGAGAUGGAGGAAGAACGGCACUACAACGAAAUCGUGAUGUCCGGCGGGAACAUAAGAACUCGUACGGUGUCCAGCCCCGUGCCCUACAAUCCUUCGCCUAGUUCCUCGAGGCCAUUAAGCCCAGGUGUUAACGUGCUAGGUUCAGCGUCCAGAGAGAGCUUUAGCGCGAAUCGAUGCUAUGCCUGCGGCCAGCCGAGCGCUCUUCCGUUCGCGAGCUCAUCGCCACCCUCAGCGGGGCACAUCGUGGCGCCGUCCAAUAGACGUACAUCGGAUCGCUUCGUCAAACCGGCUAUUCCGCCCACUAUCGUGAGUCCAGGUGGUCCGCCAACCAUCGCUAAUAUAGUGAGUGCCGCCGCCGCUGCCGCCGUCACCACCGCGGGAUCGCCCAUGGACAUCGCGAAAACAUAAAUCAUCGACGGGGCUCUACAGAAAUCCUUCUUAUGUAGUCGCGCAAGGUACUUCUCUAAAUGGUGCGUCCCAGCUAGGACACCAGAAGUCGCCCAAGUUCGGUCGGCACUUCGUCGACAAUUCUUCGCGAACGAUUAUCCCCGUUCGUUAACUACUACAGCUCUAAUGUAACACGGGCUACAGCUAAAACACAUGGGACUUAAUUAACCCGAUGAAUUGCAGAUAGAAUUAAACAACGCAUUCGCAGAGCCUCUCUUCGUCGUCGGGGUGGUUUUUCUUUACGCCGCCUCGGCGCGACGAUUCCUUGUAUGAUGCCUGAAGUACCAUUCAGACGAGCUCUUUAUCGUACGCAAUUAUAUCAUUUGAGUGUUCUACAUAAAAGAAACAUUGACAUGUUGCUUCCAUGUUCCAAGUAACCAUAGUAAUAAAUGUUGAACGAACGCUGAGGGACAGCUACACGGUAGGCAAAUGCAAAUUUGCUCCGUAUUCUUACGUGCGCUAAGAACAUAACGAAAGUAACUAGGGUGUAGUUUUCGCGGUGUCCCCACUUUAACAGAUACGCAUUUGUUUAGCUUUGAGCCUGAGUAAUCACUUUAGCACACGCGAUACCGAGGCAGCAGCGUUAUUCUACUGGAGGAAGGUUUCGUUGGUUCUUUCAGCAAAAGAUUGUCGCGAACAGUAAAAUGUGGAAACUGAUUAAGCCAGACUCCUGAGAUAUCAGAGACUGGAGCGUUUAAGAGUCCUAAUUGUUCGAGAAUUGUGAAUCGCAAAAAUCUGCAGAUUUAAGGCCCUAAAGCUUCAAGGAUUCAGCGACUCUAUGAUACCGAAAUCAAAGGUCUCGUGAAUUCAAAGACUCUAGAUUAUGCACUCAGAUAGCUUGAACCUAUACUAGCCCAAGACUUUACGACUCGAAAAUUUGAGAACUCAAGUAUGUGGUAUCUGCUAACAUUUAUGCUGCAAUUCUAAGCAGAAUCGUAAGUCUCGUAACUUGUAAAAUUCGUACGAAAAUUCGUAAGAACUUAUGAGUAGAUUUACAAAUCUAUGCAAUAUCAUAUGUCGUACAAUUCUACUUUGUUUCUACUCUGUAGUCGUAUCUACGAUUUCAUGUAAUUUACAAUAUUAACAAAUGAUUGUACGACAUAUGAUAUUGCAUAGACUUGUAAAUCUACUCAUAAGUUCUGACGAAUUUUACGAGAACAAAUUACGAGACUUACGAUUCUGCUUAGAAUUGUAGCAUUAAUGUUACAUUUGAAAUUAAAAAUAUUUCGUGGUAUCUUAAUUGCACUGAUUCUGGAAAAUUAAUUGUGAACCUAAGAAUAGAAACCUAAGAAUUUCGUAGAUUCCACCGAUUUUCCUCGAGUCUUCAUAAAUUUUACGAACUCUGUAUCUUCUUUGCUAGAAUUUUCGAGUCUCGAAAUCUUGGAUCGCCAACACCUACAGAGCACGACACAUCGGAAUUUUGGUCUCUCUAAUCUUAGAUCUCUUAAUGUUAGAAAAUCUUGGGAUUUAGAAUCUUGAAGCUUUGAUGUGUUGGAGCCACGAAGCCUUGGCAUCUUAAUAUCGAAAAGUUAAAUGUAGCGGAUGAGAGACAUAUAUUAUGUAUUACGUUGAACAGUUUGUUUGCUAAUAAAUUGUUUUAUAUAUCAACAAUA